AAAAGUAAUAUUUUGUUUAAUGACUUUUCUUUUGUAGUCUUUCUAUUGUUAUUGUGAUUUACGUUAUCACGAUCACCGGACAAACGUGGUUAUAGUGUGAAAAAGUUCAAAGUUGAAAAACAAAAGAUUCAGAAAUGGCUAAAGCUUUAGAUAUUUUAUUCGCGAGUCGGACAGAAACACAUCGCAAUGCUUCGAGAAUGUUGGUUGUCAAAGUGCCAGCCAUGCAACACCUGCGGCUGCUACCAUCAUUCUAUUCUUCAAGCGAUAAACCAGACAAUGAAAGUGAUUAUCACUGGACUACACUCAAAUGCAGGACUAUCAUUUUCAAUGGUCGCUUCGAUGGCCUGUUGGCCGCUCCAAGUUAUCAUAGAUCAAAUUGCAUCGACAUUGUUGUUUCCAAAGAAAAUUAUGAACAAGAAGAAUUCAGAAUGUAUUUGAAAUCAUUGAAUUUGAAUUUUUCGUCCGCUGAGGAGUUGACUCUGAUGGCCUACGAGAGAUGUCUCAGUUAUUCAGUUUUGGCAAGACUCUCCCCAUUGUGGAAUCAAGUUGGCCCUUACCUGGUUCCAGGACGUGAUUUUCUAACUGAAACCAAACCAAUGGAUGCUUUACGGAUCAACUUUGUUAUGAAAGAGUCUGAUCUACAGUUACUUAUGUGGCCCGUCAGAAUCAAGCUUUGGCCGAUGUUGAGUGAGCAUUUUGCCGCUGAGCCAAUCAAUCAAGAUAACACUGCUUACAGGCUCAUCAACUGUACCACAGCCUUUGUAUUGCCAAGUUUGAAGGAAGCACAAGUAUGUUCUUUGAACACGAAAUUGCCAGAAAAUGGUGUUUUUUCAAGUUUCGAAGAAGUUAAAAAGUAUUGGAAAAAUACUCAUGGCUACAGACUGCCCGUCGACCAGUACGGUGUGGUGACUUACAUGUCGGUGAGGUUCAGUGCGCGGCUGCCUGUGCUGACAUACCCGCUGGCCUGUUUACAGUCGCACCCGCCCACUCUGCUGCGGGUGCGGAAUGAGUCGGCGGUGCUCAGCGACUUCCUCGGCGAUCUGAUGAGGCGGCUGCCGGUCAUCUGCGGCCAUCCCUUCGGCACGCAGGCCUCAGUCGGCGUCGCCGUUCACAAGCUCGUCAACGACGCUAUUAUGGCAGAACAAUCACAAUUGCUCUCCAUUCCUGUGGAUAGAUUCACUCAGAUUAAUUUAAAGUUGCUAGCAGAACCCAGAAAUGAACGCAUACUGGAAAGUUUCACUUUGGUCCAAAAACCAAAAUCAACUCCCUCAUGUGCAUCAAACGUGUCUGCGUCAGAUGACACCAAUGACAAUAAUGCUGAAAAUGCUCCGAAACCAAAAUACAGGCCAAUAUUUGCAAGCUAA